GACAGACAGACAGACAGACAGACAGAGACCCCGGAUGUAUGGCAGUGUGCCUAGAAGAUUUCUAGCUCCGACUACUUCUGGUUCUACUUCAAGAAAUCAAGCUAUCGGUGUUUGGAGAAGGCGUUAGUGGCUUUGGCCACUCUCGCGGCGCGCGUCGUUCCAUCUUGUUGUCGUUGGGACCCCUUUCCGGAAUGAACGCUUUUGUUCGAGUUUGGGUUGUGUUGUGUCUUAUUAUUUACGUGUCCAAGAUUCAUCCUUUGUCUACAGCCAACGUAUCGUCGUCAGAUUCUGCCGUCGCCUCAUCUGUCCACAUGAACACAUUUCGUCUUCUUCCUCAUUCAGUUUCUGCCGCUGCCUCUUUCGUCACGUCUUCUUCCGUGGACGUCAGUCGUCUUGGGUCUGUUCUAACGGUGGCGCCUGAGUCUGGGAUGAUCGCAGCCUUACCUUGCCCUCACGGGAUUAGUGCGUCUUCUUCAGAUUCUGCCGUCGCCUCAUCUGUCCACACGAACACAUUUCGUCUUCUUCCUCAUUCAGUUUCUGUCGUUGCCUCUUUCGUUGCGUCUUCCUCUAUGAACGUCAGUCGUGUUGGGUCUCUUCCAACGGUGGCGCCUGAGUCUAAGAUGAUCGCAGCCUUACCUUGCCCUCACGGGAUUAGUGCGUCCUCUUCAGAUUCUGCCGUCACUUCCUCUGUCCACAUGUACACAUUUUCUGGAGUCACUCUCAUGCCUAUCUGCCUAACUUUGUCUUGACUGUGUAGCGUACGUUGGUACUUUGUGGUUGUAAGGAGUGUUCUUUUAAUCAUUAAUCUAUGUAUUAGUUGUAGUCUUUUGGGUUUUAGCUUGCGGACUCGAGUCUUUUAAACUUAGUGGCUACUAUAGUCUAUGUAUCGUAGUUCAUGUUUGAAAAUAUAAUACCUUUGACAGACA